AUGGCUCUAGUGUUCCAUCUCCCCCUCUUCAUUUUCACUUUCCUUUUAACCCUCUUGCCAACCCGCAUAACUGCGACCCGCAGCGACAUUCAAAUCCACGGCAUUAUUGUCCGCAACAAACAACAAUGCCCAUUUAACGUCACCGGCACCAUAUCCCCCGAUGUAUCCUACCUUGAACUCUCCUACGACACCAGUAGCGUUGCGCUUGCCUCCUUCGGUUCCGGAAUCCCAUCCUCUGAGAACACACGGAAGUGCUACGUUAGUGUUUCCUACACAUUUCUAAAUGAUGCAGUCUCUCAGUCGACGAUUACGAACGCGGAGGUACGGGGGAAUGUAAUGCUGGACGGUGGAGUAGAAGCGAGGGUGGAUAUGAGUACGGUGUGGCAAGGAAAGGGAUCUCAAAAUGAUGUCGCACCGGAACAAAAAUGGUCUCAACUCCUCCUCUCGGGUCCCAAAGACACGUCCACGUUCUUCUCCACUCCUCUCACAAACGCGACACAAUUAUAUCGGAACCCGGACUGCGGACAACUAGCUCCAACUCGUACGUACGAAUUCCUCUGGAUUCUGUCUACGUUUUCUGUUUCGGGGACUUCGGCGGUUGGGAAGGAUGCGAAGGGGGCUUUUGGAGGUAAAACCGCUGGUGGGGAUGGAGUGUUUAAGCAGAAGUUCAAUUUUGAAUGGAAGAGCAGUUGUGAGAUUUAUAACCCAUGUCCUCCAGAUCGGUAUGGAGGGGAGAGUUGUUGUUUAUAUAAUGGGGCUGUGUUUGGGAAGUGUUCAGUGAAUCUGCCUCGAAGCUCCUCAGGCCAGACCAGACCUGCACCUUUAUUCGUUUGGUUCUAA